GACGACUGUUUGGUAAUCCCCGCGUGGUCCUUGUCUUUUAACAAUCCGAUUGUUCGCGGCGGACUCCCCGAGAAAACAAAGCUCAACCCCUUUAUUAUAACCCAAACUGAUAGACUGUAAAGUGAACAAGGUCGUAAAACCCGACCCACCGAAAGCCGAUCUCUCUAAAGCAAGGGAUUUCUGUCGUCGUCUUUCUUUUUUUGGGUUGAAUCGAAAUGGCUUGUGCAAGCUUUGCUAAACUUAGCGCAGCGUCGUCUCAGUGGAUCGGGCAACAGUCCUUUGCCCAACGCCCCGGAUCAUCCACUCGCCUUGCCACACGCCGCGUCUUCGUCCCGAUCCGCGCCAGCUCAUACACAGAGGAACUCGUUAAGACCGCCAAAACUAUUGCGUCUCCUGGUCGCGGGAUCCUUGCCAUUGAUGAAUCAAAUGCAACCUGUGGAAAGAGAUUAGCUUCUAUUGGCUUGGACAACACUGAGGUCAACAGGCAGGCAUAUAGACAGCUACUGCUUACCACUCCUGGCCUUGGUGAAUAUAUUUCUGGUGCCAUUCUUUUCGAGGAAACCCUUUACCAAUCCACAACAGAUGGCAAGACGUUUGUUGACUGCCUGCGAGAUGAGAAUAUUGUGCCUGGCAUCAAAGUUGAUAAGGGUUUGGUUCCCUUACCAGGAUCAAACAAUGAAUCUUGGUGUCAAGGUUUGGAUGGAUUGGCUUCAAGAUCUGCUGAGUACUACAAGCAGGGUGCUCGUUUUGCCAAGUGGAGGACAGUUGUCAGUAUUCCUUGUGGUCCUUCUGCUCUGGCUGUUAAGGAGGCUGCAUGGGGACUUGCACGUUAUGCUGCCAUUUCUCAGGAUAAUGGUCUUGUACCUAUAGUGGAACCUGAGAUUCUUCUUGAUGGAGAUCACCCAAUUGAGAGGACAUUAGAAGUGGCAGAGAAGGUCUGGUCAGAAGUCUUCUACUUCUUGGCCCAGAACAAUGUUGUGUUUGAAGGAAUUCUACUGAAACCCAGCAUGGUAACCCCAGGGGCUGAACAUAAGGAGAAGGCUUCUCCGGAGACGAUUGCCAAAUAUACGCUCACAAUGCUUCAAAGGAGAGUUCCUCCUGCAGUUCCUGGUAUCAUGUUUUUGUCUGGAGGACAGUCUGAAGCGGAAGCAACACUAAACCUGAACGCAAUGAACCAAAGCCCCAACCCAUGGCACGUUUCCUUCUCUUAUGCACGUGCUCUGCAGAACACUGUUCUUAAGAAAUGGCAAGGUCGUCCCGAAAAUGUGGAAGCUGCACAAAUUGCACUUUUAGUGCGUGCUAAGGCAAACUCCCUUGCUCAGCUUGGAAAGUACUCUGCUGAGGGUGAAAGUGAUGAAGCUAAGAAAGGAAUGUUUGUGAAGGGCUAUACAUACUGAGCAAAGGUCAAGAAAACUCGUCUUUUGUUAUCAUGUACUCGUUUCCCAUUUGUUUCUUGUAAGUUAUGGCUUUGUAAGUUAUGGAUGCUAAGAGAGUUAGAGCAUUAGAUAAGUUGUUGCCUUCUCUUUUUCUUUUAUACCGGAGAGCCUGAAUAAUCUGAGAUGGAAUAAGUUUUUUUGAAUCUCUAACCCUUGAAGAAGAGGGGUUAGUGGGGGGUGAGAAUGCAAUAAUUCUUAUGUUUUAUGAGUUGUUGCAACUGAAA